UUAAAUCUGCAACCACAAAGCAAAACUCGAAUCUUAUUUCUUUCUUUGUUUCUUUCUAGUUUCCAUUGAAAAAAGAGAAAAAAAAAACGCAGAUUUGAUCCAUUAAUAGGCUGUGAAAAGAAACGUUUUUUGUUUGGAAGGAGGAUGGCAAGUGUGGAUCUAGAGCGAGGAGGAGGAAUGAAUGGGAUUGGGAUUGGGAUUGGGAAGAACAGGCCCAAUACCUAUAACCGACCAUCAUCUCCCUACUAUGUUGAAAACACUGAAAAGCAAUGGACUUCGUGGCUUGUUCCAAUGUUUGUGGUGGCUAAUGUUGCUGUUUUUGUUGUGGUGAUGUAUAUCAAUGAUUGUCCUAAGAACAAUCUGGGUUUUGAAGGAAGCUGUGUGGCUGGGUUUCUUGGCAGGCUUUCUUUUCAGCCUUUGAGAGAAAAUCCUCUCUUUGGCCCUUCUUCUAAUACAUUGAAAAAAAUGGGUGCACUAGAGUUGAACAAGGUAGUGCAUGAGAAUCAAGGAUGGAGGCUUAUCACCUGCAUCUGGCUGCAUGCUGGUGUUAUUCAUCUUCUUGCUAACAUGUUGAGUUUGGUCUUCAUUGGAAUACGCCUGGAACAACAAUUUGGAUUCGUGCGUAUCGGACUUAUCUAUCUGUUGUCCGGCCUUGGUGGGAGUAUACUAUCUUCUCUUUUCAUUCAGCGUAAUAUUUCUGUCGGUGCCUCCGGUGCUUUAUUCGGCCUUCUGGGAGCAAUGUUAUCGGAGCUUCUAACUAACUGGACAAUCUAUACCAGUAAGGCUGCUGCUCUGAUCACAUUGGUGAUCAUCAUUGCUGUUAACUUAGCAGUUGGGAUUCUUCCUCAUGUCGAUAACUUUGCACACAUUGGCGGUUUCUUGACCGGCUUUCUCUUAGGGUUUGUUUUGCUGCUUCGUCCGCAAUUCGGGUGGGUUCAACGUCAGCAUCUUCCUGCCGGUGCUCGUGAAAAAUCUAAACACAAGUCAUACCAAUAUGUUUUCUGGGUGAUGGCUGUGGUUUUAGUCAUUGUUGGUUUCGCUAUGGGAUUGAUAAUGCUGUUUAGAGGAGAAAUCGGAUACGACCAUUGCAGGUGGUGCCGAUACCUUAGUUGUGUGCCUAUAUCAAAGUGGCACUGUGGAAACAAAUGAAACAUUACAACUACUACCAAGGAUGGACCGAGGGGUUGGUGGAAUUAGUUGUCCUCCUCUAACAUAAAAUUUUACAUCCGUCCCGACUACGAUUUCUGUUUCUGUUUGUAUUUGU